CGCCUCCAUCCUGCUCCUUUUCUCUAGCCCGAAGUUCUAGGAAAGGUGCUGAGACAGUCUCUUGCCCGCCGAGCCGGUUUACCCACACCCAGGUAUAGCACCUACUGUCUCUCGGCAGAUCCCGAGCCGCUCCCGCCCCAGCCUCCGCAUCCAUCCCCUCCUCAGCAGCGGCUCUUCGUACCCCCCUGGGGUCUGUCUACAUGAAGGCCUCGCUCCAGCUGUCGGCCGCCAUCUUGGCCCAGGUGCUCUUUGCCAAUGCUCUGUCCGUGGUAGACAAGCGGGCAGGAGGCCCUCAGUUUGCCAAUGGUGAACCGGUUGAUGGAAAUGGCAAAGGAGCCCCCAUCCUUGGUGGCACCAACAAGCAGAUUGAUCUGCAGAACCCAGACAAUCUGGGGCAGCAGUCGACUGACAAUGGCGUGGUCCCGAACCUGAAAUGGAGCUUCUCAGACUCCAAGACCAGGCUUCUCAGGGGCGGGUGGGUGCGAGAGCAAGUGAUCACAGACUUGCCCCAGAGCCACGACAUCGCCGCUGCGCAGCAGCAUCUUAUUAAGGGCGCUAUCCGGGAGCUGCACUGGCACCGUGUUGCGGAAUGGGGAUUCGUGUACAACGGGUCCGUCCUCAUCUCGGCCGUCGACGAGGACGGCAGGUACACGGUCGAAAAACUCGGGUACGGGGACAUAUGGUACUUUCCGAAAGGCGUCGCGCACACGGUGCAGGGUCUUGACGACGAGAACGAGUUUCUCCUAGUCUUCGAUAAUGCAAAUUUUGACGCUGUUGGGACGACCUUCAAUAUAAUUGACUGGCUUGACGAAGGUUCCCCCCAUACUCCGAAAGAUAUCCUUGCAAAGAACUUCGGCCUAAACGUGUCGGUCUUUAAUGACUUGCCUCCGACGAACCCGUACAUCUUCAACGGCACCGUCAGCACCAAGAACGUGACCGGAGGAGGUGGUGAGCUCACAGGCAACUCGUCAUAUGUUUACCGGACCUUCAGCCACCCGUCCGAGUCAGUCCCUGGCAAUGGCGGCGAGUUCUACAAGAUCGAUUCCACCAAUUUCCCCGUCAGCAAAACCAUUGCGGCCACUUUUGUCAGGCUCAAGCCAAAUGGGCUGAGAGAGAUGCACUGGCACCCGAAUGCUGAAGAGUGGCUCUAUUUCCACCAGGGCCACGGGAGGGCCACCGUGUUUAUCGGCAGCACCAACGCUCGCACCUUUGACUUCAGUGCCGGAGACACAGCUGCGUUCCCGGACAACAGCGGACACUACAUCGAAAACACUUCAGACACCGAGGACCUCGUGUGGAUAGAGAUCUACAAGAGCGACCGUGUUGCCGAUAUACCCCUCACGCAAUGGCUGGCUCUCAGCCCUGCCGACAUAAUAGCUCAGACUUUGAAGAUCCCUCUCAGCGUCGCCGAGGGCCUGAAGAAGGAAAAGCAAGUGUUGAUCCAGUAGGAGGUCUACUAGUCUAUCUUUUCCUGGAGAGACUAG